AUGGUGAUGAAGGAGAGGGUGAGGACUCUGAAGGAGCUCUAUGAGAUCACCCUGCAGAUAUCGGAACCAAAGGCACGUAAAUAUGCCGAUUUUCCCGCUUUUCUUAAUCUGUGCCCCAGUCGAUUUUGUUAGAUGGGUUUUCAUGUGUUCAUCAAUUAUUUUUAUUCCAACAUGUUCUAAUGGUUGGGAUCUGGUUGCCACUCCCUUUACGGGAACGCCUUCUAGAUGCCCGUAGCUACGCUUUACCUGUCAGGAUUUGGUGCUUUCUUUUUAACUUCGACAAGGAACUAAUAGGUGCCGGUGUUUGACGACGAGUGAAGGAACGAGCGAUUCACACUAGAUUUUCCCAUAUGAAUCUCAGUCCUAAGCUCCUAUGUUACGAUGUCUAUUUUUCAGUAUGACUUUCCCUUUUGAUACAGAGUAAUUUAUGUGUUUCCCUUGUAGAUUACUCCAGUUCUGAAAGGGAUCUACCACAUUCAAGGACCUGUUAUCGAUGUGGAGCGUGAUACAGGGAAAAAUUUGGUAAGCCAAGCCCAGGUCAUGCAUGAACAGUUUUGUGGUUGUUUGGUCUAUCUUUCGGAUCAAAGGAUUAUCUCAUGUGGCCACUUUCAGAUUUGUAAAAUUAGUUUCUUGCUAUUAACUGCGAUUCUACUAUUAUUUGAACUUGCCUUUGUUUGCCAUUUUGUCAUUCCUCUACGAGACUAAUCACAGGAGUAUCUCAGGAAGUGGCUCAAAAUAUUUCUUUUUCUAUUUUUUUUUUUAUGUGAGUGAUCUGUCUAUUUGUGUGUUGAUUGUAAUGAUUGUUUGUUGCUUAUAUUACAGAUUAAAGAUCCAGACCUCGAUUGCUAAAGAGUUUACUUGGUUAGACCAAACUAUCAAGCUGUUCAAUUUGUUUGUGCAUUUGCUAUCCCAUCCAUUUUACAGAAGUCGUCAAGCACAUCCAUUUUAGCAAUUCUGAUGCAUCAACUAUAUGUGACAAAUACGGCCUUGUUUGAGUCAGCCACAUUGAUCAACAAAGCAUUUGGGAAGGAUUAUGUUAACGAGAAAGUUCAUAUGAAAGCAUUCGAGUUGGUUUCAAUAUUUCUGCGUGGAAAGUUUCUUGGUGAACUUUAGUCUUUAAGGAAUACCUCAUUGAUAAAGGAUUUCCAGGGUUUAAUGCAUCAAUUAGACUGUUACCUUUGUUUGUGCAUUCACUGUGAGUUUGAACUUUUUUAUUCUGAUGGAUCAUUUUUCUGUACUAAAUGUGGGUUUUUCUUUUAUAGAUUUUCUUGCCAAAGGAGAAAGGAUUUGUGAACCGUCAUUUAAGAAAGGACAUUCAUAUGAAAGGAUCUGGGACAUGUAAUGUUUGUGCUGCUCCAUGUUCCUCUUGUAUGCACUUUAAUCAAGCAACUUCAUAUAUGGAGUCCAAAGCUGAGGGUGGCUAUUCGGAGAACAGCUGUGCAGGAAAGGAGGCAGACAACUGUUCAUUCAGUGAUGCUGAGACUCCAGUUUACAAGAGCAAACAAUGUGAUGAUCGAAUGCACGCAGCUAGUGAAACAAGUAAGAUAUUUAUCUCUAAUUUCAGUCAUGAUUCAUUUUCUGAAAAUGCUGAAAGAAAAGCUAUUGGGAAGAAUACUGAUCUGCAUGAUGCAUCUGAAGGUGUUGACAUGCCAUUGAAAGUGUCACCUUUUGAAACCGAUGAAGAAAACCAGCUUGUGGCAGAGAACAGUGCUAGCUCGCCAUCUUCACGUAAACCCGUAGACUCCAGCAUGCUUCCGAAAACAUUCUCAAAUCCUGAAGAAGGACCUAAUGGAUUAGAAUGUCAUGGAGACAAUAUCUCAUGUGUGACUAGCCGUAUAGAUAGAAACAUUGCAGCAAAUGAUCUCCAUAAAAAUAUGGGCAGGGAAGACAUGCCUUGCACUUCAACAAGUGCUUUACAUAGUGGGGGUUUUAAAAUGUCUUCCCUUGCCCAAGCUGUCGAUGGUGAUAUAGUGGAACUCCAUAGUGACCUGUGGAAAUCCGAUAAAUUGGCUAAAGAAUCUUCACAGAUGAAGAGUGCUAGUUCGAAUUCCUUGAAUCUUGGAUCUCCUCACAACCCGUCAGAUUCCCGUUCUUUGAAUAGUAAUCCUUCUCCAAGAGAACAUUGUCUUCAUCCAAGUUCUGGAAUUGAAAGUUCUUUCCAUAGUGAUGCUGGUUUGAAGGAUAAGAAAGAAAGUUCGAUCUCUCAUCUUCAAGGAGAACCUCUUGAAAGCUUUGUGGAUCCUGUUGAACCUUGUGUAAGAGAACAAGUGACAGCCGUUGAUAUGGAUGAGCAGAAGUGUGACAGAUUUUCUAAGGGUAGUGUUAAUACAAACUAUGAGAUUAGUAAAGAUAAUGACAUGACAGUUCAUGCAUCUUCUCCAAGGGCCUCUGGUCAAUUCUCAGAAUCAAAAACUGGGGAGCAUGGCAUGUCAAACGAGGAACUUGGAAAAUCCAUUUCAUCAGUGGGCACAUCUAAUUCCCAGGAGCCUCAGCCAAUUCCUGAGCUGAAAUUAGAGGAUGAUUAUCCUGUUCCAGACAUUUUGGAGGAUGACGUAAGUGUUUUCCCUUAUUCUAUUUUAUGAUGUCAUUAUUUGAUAUUCUCAAUUGUUUGUAGAUGCCUAGAUAUCUUUAAUAACUUUUGAAUCGCCACUGAAUUUGAAGCAGUGAGGAAGAAGAUGGUCUAAAGAGCCAUCCGAUUUAUAAACUCUUCUGAAGCUUCAUGCUUGAGGCAAACGAAUUUGAAAAUUCCUGGGAUUUGUAGUGUUGUGCUAUCUCUGUUCAAUUAACACUUCAUACAUUUGCUACGAGAAUUAAUCCCAUCUUCAGCUAAAUCAAACAGAUCUGUAAAGUUAAUUCAACUGAAUAUUCUAAAUUAUGAUUUUUAAAUUUGCAUUGGUUACUGAGUUCUGAAUCGUCCAGAAUCAGGAGCUAUGGUGUAAAAUUAGGCAUACUGAUCAUUUGCGUCUUAAAGGUUUUUGGCUUUUGCAGAUUUCCUCGCUUCUUGCAGCUGAGGUGUCGUUUUGAGGAUCCUAUUUCCACGCUUUCAAUUCUAUUUGCUAUUUUUUGUGUGACUCUGUUUCAGAAUGUAGAUAUGCAUGCGAAUUUUUGUGUGUGUGCAUAUUAGACAGAUAAAAUAAAACCCAUUUCUUUUGAAUAGGUAAACAUCUGACCUUCGUCUGUAAUUUGCUUGGUUGAAAAGGACAGGAAAGAUUGAAGGGGCUUACCAACAUCCAUAAUGUGCCCUAUUUUAGGACUAAUUUCGUAGAGGUGUGUACCAUCCUCUGCAAUUUUGCGUUUUUGGAAGGAGUUACGAAGCGGAAAAGGUUUUACCAGCAUCCAAACUUUUGAUUGACCGUUGAUUAUCAUUGGAAGUGAAAACUAGUCAUAUGUUAGGCCUAGAGACUGCUCAUCUGCUCACUGCUGGGAAGUCAACCAUUUGAAAUUAGGUGCCUGUCUCGCUGCCAAGUAUAAUUGAAGUGUUGCCUAAUGGCACCAUUUAAUUUUUGCCGAGAAUGAAGAGGAUACAUUGAGAAGACUUCCUAGAGAUUUGCUUUUGAUCCGUAACAUAAUAUUUUGGAUUGUGAGAAUGUGUUCCUGUCCAAGAUCAUCAAGGUUGUCAAAAUAGCACCAUGAACUCGCUUUUGGUGUUCCAAAUACUCCAGUGUUUCACACGUUGUAUUAUAUCUUCAUACCUAGGUGGGGUGGGUGCAUUGUCAAUUACAUUCUAAAUUACCAAGCACAGAAUACUCUCACCUUCAAAUGUCAUAUUUUGAACUGAUCCUACAGUUUUCUUCAUGGUUGCACUUUCUUAAAUGGAAAUGUGAGAAAGAGUUGCUUGGGCCAACGUCCAACUGUCUCUUCCAUUGUUCCUUUUAAGCCUCAUCCUCCCCUCUCCCAUCCCUCUCCCUCUCUUUCUUCCCCUGCAAGGAGGCAAGGUGUAGAAUGAAUCAAUCCACGUAAAGAGUACAAUUGUGUUACUUGGGAUUAUCUUUCGACCUCUAUUUCAGUUCGAAUUCAAUCCCAACUUCUGCGGCAAACAUUGAGGAUUAUGACGCCUCCUAUGCCUGGUAAUUCAGACGAAGUUGAUUACUACUUGUCAGGCAAGAAAGUUGGUAGGAUUUUAGCGUUUGUUGCUUUCUGUCUUUUGUUUGCUAAGGUUGAUUGUCAAUCACUGUAGGGAGGAGUGAUUUGCCCUUUACGGGUUUCAUUGUUUUUACCUUUUUCCCCCUUUGGAAGAAUAAUAGUUGUUGCAUAUCUUGCAUACUUUCUGCACAUUAUUGUUUCUUGCGUUUAUGCUGAUUGACUGGCUGAGGCCUUCAUUAAAGUUGAGUGCAUCCGGAGCCCGUGAGAGUACUGCACAGGCGUGUGGUAGUCAGUUCGUUUCUCCUGUAUUUUUAUCAUAGAAGGCUUUUGGGGGAAGAGUGCAUUUUAUGAACUUGGACUAUUUUGUUGAGUUUUUAAUUUUCUGGUUGUGCAGUAGAUUUUAUCUUAAUCCAUUUGUAGCUCCACAUUUACUGGAAAAAAAAAAUUACAUAGCCUUUUCUACAUGAGCAUAAUAAAAAGAUGUUGUUAAAUACGUUAAACACAAAUGCUAUAGGUCUAAAAAAAAAUCCCUUUGUUUUCACCCUGGAUAUUCAGAAUGCUGCCUUGUAGUUUUUCAUAUUUUUUAAUCCUUACUUCACCAGAUAAUGCUUUUCACUCCAACGCUUCAUUUUUUUUAUUUAUAUUCCUCAGAAAUUUGAACAAUGAGUGUAGUGCUUGAUCCUUUGAUAACACAAACGGUGCCCAUGCUUAGUUGUGUGACUAGAUUAUGCAUCUUAGACGAGGAAGGUUAUUCAUGGCUUCCACACGGAGAACAUUCGUUGUUGUGUGACAUGGGAAAUUGUAUACUAUUUCUGGAAGUUUGUGUUUCAAUUUUUACAAAAAAUUCUUGGUCCAUAUUACUGUGUAAUAUAGGAGAUAUACACUUCUCAAAUGAGAUUGUGUUUGAUAUCUUUCACUCUCUCCGACAAAAUUAUAAAUACAUUCAUAAAGAAAUAUAUAUGUGUUAAUUUUUAUGCGUGCAUGAAGAUUUGUAUGCUUUUCUUUGGUUCCCAAGUUUCCAUGUUGUAGAUCAUGUGUGUGUACUAUUUCUAGCUUAAAGUAGAUUUUUAAAAGUAAAAAAAAUUAUUUCCCGUAACAAAUGUUGAAUCAUUUAGACAAUUACAGUGUUAGUCAUUCAACUAUGCGACCUUCUCUAGACAUAUCGGUAUAAGCUCUAGUUUCCUACUCUUGGGUUUUCUUGUGUUAGCUUUCUAAUGAUGAUGAUGUCUCUGUCUUCGUUCACCUUUGCAUUCUUUCUUGUCUAUAGUAAUUCCUUUUUUGUAUCCAGUGUAAGUUCAAUUUUUCCUGCACCAUCUGAUGGAUUAGCGUGCCAUCUUUUACAGGUAAAAGUAUGUGAUAUAUGCGGUGAUGCUGGUCGUGAGGAUUUGCUCGCCAUUUGCAGUAGGUGCAGUGACGGAGCAGAACACACGUGAGCAGAACACAUUUGAUGAACCAUUUUUUCUUAGUUUCUUGUUUCGUUUUUUGUUUGGUUACUUUGGACUUGUGUACCUAUCUGAUAUGGCAAUUCUUCUGGUUAUUUGUAAACAGCUAUUGCAUGCGAGUAAUGUUGGGAAAACUUCCAGAAGGAAAUUGGCUUUGUGAGGAGUGCACGAUAAAGGACAUGGCAACAUUUAAAGUGGAGAAAUCUGAAAUUUUGUUGGCAACUUUGAAGGAACCGCGCUCAGCUGAAAAAAUUCAGAAAGUUGGGUCCAGUUUUAGUCCUAAAGCUUUACCAAAGCUGGAUGUCAGUGCCACUGAUGCAGAGGCACCAUUGCCUAUUAUAGGGCUUAAAAGUUCAGAGAUCUCUAUGAAAAGGUCGUUAGGAAAAGCUGAUGUUACUUUACUUACAAGUAGUAAAGUACCUGACACGAGCGGGAUCUCCUCCAUGACAGCGAGUCCCAGCAGGAAGUCCAUGUUGUCACGUGAGAGUUCAUCUAAGAGCCUGGAUGCUGGAAAAGUAAAACAAGGUAAUUUGACACUACCUUCUGUGAGUCAGUCUUCCAGUAGUCCUGCUAUUUCCCGCUCACUUGCUCCUGUUGCCAACUCACCAAAGAUCCAAGGACAGAUUCAACCUUCUCGGGGUAAGUGUUGACUGAGUUUCUUUAUUUUGAUGCUAUGACUUUUUCGUUAGCCAUUUGAGGGAAUGAGAAGCUUACACAACCUCAAUUUGCAUUUUUUUACAGGGUUACUCUCUAGGUCCGGAUCUUUUACCGGUCUGAAACCAAAAGUCAAGCAGGUAAUAGAAAAUGUUCCUCAAAAGCCACAAGUGAUUAAGGAAUCUGCUUCAGGUGAUAUAAAAGAAGGUUUUAUGAGAACACUUGGCAAAUCCGUAUCUCUUAAAAACAUAAGCCCUGGUCUCUCUGAAUCAACGAGUAAAUCCCAAUCUGUAGUCUUUCAUCGACCUGAGGAGUCCAGGAACCAGAGGCAAAAUAAAGAGAGAACUAUGGAAAGGAAGAAUUCUCUUGUGCUAAACCGAAACUUGCCGAGUGCACCAGUAGCUUCCAUUCCAAGUGUCUCUCUUUCAAAGACAGACUCAAAAGCUAUACAAAGUGAUGGGAAAGUGAGUAGUGUAUCAGAACAGAGCACUUCGCAUUCAAAUGUAGGUUCAGAAAAUACAUAUGAUAAAGGUGAAAGUCCUCUUCAUCUUUCAUUGUCUCCAGCUCCUGUUGCUCGCUUUGUUUUUUUUUUAUUAACAUUUUUAUUUUCCAGCCCAUGCAGGACUGAAAGAAUUGAAGAAGCAGACAUCAUCGAAAAUUUUUGGUAAUCCACCUGCUAAUGUAGCAUGCAAUUUGGCUGAUGACGGGGCAACCCAGGUAGUCACGAAGGAAGAUGCACAUGUUGGGCCCGUUGGUGAUGUUAACACACUCCCACAGCAUACGUCAUCUUAUUCUUGUAACCGUGACGAGAAAAUCAAGGAUUCUUCCACAUUUGGCAGUUCACGGCCAUUAGCUCCAUCUUCUAAACGGAUAUUGCGUUGCCAAAGAUGUAAUGAGGCAGGUCAUUCUACACAAUUCUGCUCAAUUGACAAAAUUCGAGUUUCUGCAUUGAAACCUUCUGCAGAGCGAAGCUCAAGAGAAGCAGUUACUAAAGGCAAUAAGUGGAAGGAUGCUGUUGACAUUGCUAUCUCAAAGGGCAGGGGGCAAAAGAGCCUGCCAGAUCGAUCAGAGGACAUUUCAAGCAAUGAUUUGGGUUCUGAGAUUGUUUCCCAAAGCCUUACAUCAACUUCUUUUAGUUGUGUAAAAGAUCUCUCUACCCCUGAAGGCCUGGCUAGUAAGCAAAAUAGUUCAAGAGGCCCUGCUGCUGAUGUAAGCAAGACACCUAUUAAUGAUGUCAAACAGCCUGAUCCACAGAUGGCAACCGCAUGUACCAAUAGAGAUGAUGAAUCAGAUUCCUUUUCUACACAAGUAGAGGAUUUAAAAGCAAAACCUCUCAUGCAGAUUCUGCCUGGGCAUCAGAAUUUAAUUUUGGAUCCUUUUAGAAUUUCAGUCCUUCCGGAGCACGAAUAUAUAUGGCAGUAUGUCUUUUCUGCGAUUGUUUUUUAAUGUUCCCCCUUCCCCUAACCUCCAAAAACAAGACCUGUCAUACGACAUUCUGCUUUCUAGUUCUUGAUUAAAAAUAAAUGCUCAUUGUAUCAUUUGUUCUUGCAGAGGAAGCUUUGAUCUGAAAAGAUCUGGAAGACUUCCCGAAAUAUGUGAUGGGUUCCAGGCGCAUUUGUCAACCCGUGCGGCCCCUAAAGUCCCUGAAGUAGUAACUAAGUUUCCUGAGAAAGUCCAGUUGGAGGAAGUCACUAGGCUGAGUUCUUGGCCAUUGCAGUUUCAGGAGGAAGGUCCUACAGAAGAAAACAUAGCCCUGUUUUUCUUUGCUAAAGAUGUGAAAAGGUCUGCCUGUUUGAAACUUUUUUUCCUGAAGAGUCACCAUCUAGUCAUCAAGUGGUAUAUAUCUUUCAAACAUACUAAUAUUUUUCCGUGAUACAGCUAUGAAAAAGGCUACAGAAAAUUAUUGGAGACCAUGAUCAAGAAUGACUUAGCUCUGAAAGGAAACUUUGAUGGAAUUGAGCUCCUUAUAUUCCCUUCAACCAAUCUACCGGAGAAAUCACAGCGUAAGAACUGUAGUCCGACGUAAAUGCAUUUUUUUUCAAUACUAUAGCAUGCAUGCUCAGGCUUCCUUCGUUCCAUAGUUAUCCGGAUAAUUUUUAAAUGAUGUACUUCCUUGCAUGUAUGCUAAUGAUAUGAGUCUCCAGAUUACGUUUUUACCCUUUAAUGUUUUGUUCAUAUUUUAUUUGUAUUAGUUCUGCUUUCCUCUCACUAUAUGUUAUCUUCUGAUUAAUCUAAUUCUUUCAUGCCUAGCCAGUCAGAUGGAAAUCAGAGGGCUGUUCAAUCAAAUAGUGUCAUUAAAUGCACACCUUCCCUCUUGUGAUCUACAAUCCAGAUGCAGAUACAUGGGGAAGAUAUUGUCACCAAUCAUGCAUAAUGUUUCCUUGAUUUUCUGUUUGUAACGUUGUUAUCGAUGCUGCCCAGGGGGGCAAAGGCAGUGACAAUUCAUCAGAUGAUUAGUGUGGCCGAACCCACUUUUACCACAGAUUUUAAUGAAAGCUAUGGUUUGUCUAUAUAUAAUCAAUACGUUCUUUUGACUUAAGUAUGGCAUGCCAGUUUACCCUCAGGUUAUCCAUCCCUUCAUGAAGUGCAUCAAGAAUCAUGUCACUAGUUCCUAAAGAAUACUUAAAAGGAUCAAGUUCCAGACCAUACCAGGCGUUCCCUCUGUUGAGAAAAAUGCUCGUGAUAUCCUAAAUAGGAAUUUCGCAUCAGCAGUUCACGGCACAAUCUUCUUCUCGUUCUGUCAAUCUACUUCAUAAGCUCAUAAUCUCAAUGAGGUUGCAUCUUCAAUGCUGCCAUUCAACAUAGGAACUCCAAGUCUGUUUUAGGAAAUAUAUCGCAUCAAUAUCACAAGGCGACUACAUACAUGGCCACGGUUUCUAGAGCAGGGCUCUUUUGGGCCCGCUUGCCCAGGCGCACAAGUGCGUUCUCUUAGUGCUGUCUUGAAAACUAUGUUUAAUUCGAUGAACUCAUCUCUGAUCUUUUCAGGCUGGAACCGACUGUUUUUCCUCUGGGGUGUCUUCAGAGAAAGGAGGCCGAAUUGCCCAGAAACUCGAUCUGUUAUUGAGAGUAAACCCGCCAUAGCCGACCUCGACUUGGAGAGCCCCCCCCAGGAGUUGCCCACUCAGCCUGUGACUGAAAUCCCUUCAUUGAAGAGGGAGCCCAAGGGGAUACCCACAAAGGGCCUAUUGGUCAACGCCGAAGCUGUGGCGAUGCUAGGAGCUGAGAGGAAGGCAUCCCAUGUAGAUAAUGAAUCUCCGGCUCAGAGAACUUCCAGUCCGGGAGCAACAGACUGUGUGCUUGUUCAACCUGACAAGAACCCAUCUCAUGCGACUGCUGCGAUCGAUUCCUCAACAUGUAAGAGCGGAGAGAUCGGAUUGCAGGGCGCCUCCCCUGACUCAAGGAUCAAGGAUCGUGGCGGUGCACAGCCAUGCUUGGAAAUCAAGAGUAGAAACGGCGCUUCCCAGGUAGUAUUUGCUUCGUUUACCUUUUAUUCAUGGCAAUUCCUCUGUUUAAUUAAUGCAACUAGCUUAUUUUUCUCUAAAGGCAUUUGAAAUCAAUCUAGCUCUUGCGAUGAUUAGAACAAGAUCCUGGGGUUUGUGUGUUAAUUUGCAUGCAUGAUGUUCAGGGUUCAGGGGUGCUCUUGCUGGGCAGCGUCUUCUUAGUUUUACUAUUUCCAUGUAGAGGUUGGAUGGGUACUUGCAACUCUGGGUGGGGCUUUCCUUUGGAAUCUUCACCACCCAUCAUGACCAAUUAGUCUCGUGUAGAACAAAUUUUCUUCGCUGCGGAUUUAUCCUGAUCUAUAUGUACCUACUAUAGACUAUAUAUUUUCUGAUUUCUUGGGUUCCAUUCGUGACUUCCCACCAAGAUACAUUAUGUGAUCCAAAGCAUUCGGGGCUAUUUUUGGCAAUGCUCUCUCUCUCUUUCCUUGUUCUAAUGGUGAAUGAUUCCCGAAAAAGUUAAACCCUUUUUUUUCCCUUCCUCUCUCUCUCUCUCUCUCUCUGCAGGAGGAAGCCAUUGCCAGCUCUGACCGACCGCCGGUCGUCGAUCCUCCAAUGUUCGCCCAGAAUAGCAGCGACAACAAUCCAGCUACGGAUGGAUCACGGCCAAAGUGCGGGGCCAAGUCGAAUCCUUGGCCGCCCGAUCUGAACUUGGAAUCUCAGGACGUCGAGGAUGAGCCCGCCGAGCCCCCGCCAAGCCAUCAUCCUGCUUUCUCACCUCCUGUGGGAAACAGAGAUGACGAGAAGGUGAAGGACACCGGAUGGCCGGCGGCAGCAACGAAUCCACUGUGGGAUGCGGUGUUGGCAGCGGCAGCGCCUGACAAGAAGCGCGCCAGGUCCCACUCUCCACUCCCUUUUGGUGGAUCGUUCAAUGUGCCGCCAUGGAGGCAGAUCACUACAGAGCGUACCUCGCUCGAUGGGGAAGGAGAGGGCAAGAAGAGGAUGAGGCUCCAUCGGGAGGUGGCGGCAGCGGCAGUGGCAGCUCAAGGCGGCGGCUCAAGCAAGAUCCACCCGCUGCUUGGCAGCUUUCAAGACGAGCGGCGGCAGCAGCUGCCGACGGGCCUGACAGGGGUGUUUCCUGAGAGCUCGUGGGGCUCAGAGAGGCACUUCUUCCCCUUGAGCACCGCUGGAGCAGGUGGCUUGAUCCUGCCGACAGUGGCGGCGCCGGCCUUGGAGGAGGAUGAAUUGCCGAACCUUGAAUUGGCAUUGGGCGGUGCAGAGAAGAGGCCGCCAAAGAGAGGGAUUCUUCCUUUCCCUUUUCCAGCGGCCGGCAGGAGCAAGAGGCAGGCGAGGCCACCAGACUACGGCAGGCAAGAGGUCGACGAUGAGUCGGCUUCCCUCUCGCUCUCGCUGGCGUUUCCCUUCUCCGGCAAGGAGCAGGUGAAGCCACCGGCGGCCGCUCCCCGGCCGGAGAAGCGGCCGCCGGUGGGCACCUCCUUGCUUCUGUUUGACGGCUUUGCCGAUGGCUGA